GUUUUCAACCAUCUCUCAUGUGUACACUUUCUUAUUAUACUUUACGUUACCACCAUUACCACUAUUACUACUACUACUACUACUAUCGCAACUCGUCCACUGUUAACGCCGUCUGCUCGCACGCUAAAUCUGCAAACCCUUAGUGCCGAGGAUCCGCAGCGCAUAGUGCCUGUUCUCAGACAGACUCGUCCGGUCGUGGCAGCAGUCAUUUUGCAGCGUGUACGAUCGCCAACUAACGGGCAACGACGGCUGUAUUCGUUCCGUAAACGUUCUUUAGUUUCUCAAAUACUUGGGAUCUUUUUUCUAUUAUUUUUUUUUUAUAAAUUUUUGUGUUUCCGAAUCGAGCACCUAACGCAAAACUGUAUCGCCGCGUUUGCGAUUCUCCGUACAAUUAUUUUACGUGGUCACCGUUUGACCGAGAAAAAUCGCUUUAAAUUAAUUUAAUAACGACAAUUCCGUUCGUUGAAUCCCAGUGAAUGGCAACGGUGACGACAAAGACGAAUCAACGGUAUCUAUUGAGACAGGAUUGAUCAUGAUCUUUACGGCUGUAAAAUCGUACAAGAUCGCACAAUGUCAUCGUAAAAUGCCCGUGACCAGCGAUUCAAUUCAUAAUUACGACAGCUGUGACACCGACGCGACGAUGAGGAACAAAAUCAGCGCCGCAGGUGGACGGCGCAACACGCUCAUGCUGGUGGUGUCAGUGGCGAUAUUUUUAUUAGCGUUCGGCAGUGGUGCGACGAACGCGGAGGCCGCGGCCCCGGCCCAAGUGGCGGCUGCUGUGGCCGCGGCUACCGGUACCGACGUAAAUCUCGCGGGGCAACCGGCGACGGUCGUCGAGUCUCCGGGUCCCGCAACGGAUUGUGUGGACCAGCCGCACGGGACGGCGUCAUCUCCUGCGGCACAGGAAACCGUGGCGAUCAUCACGGGCUAUUCGACGGGAUCGCAGACGCCGACGACCGGAUUGCAACCGCAGCAGCCGGCCGGCGACGACGGAGGCAGCAGCGACGGUUACCGCAAACAGCCACAGAACAGUGGUAAUACCUCGAAACAAGACGAGGAACAGCGUCAACAGCAACUUCUUUUAGCGCCGUUGUUGAUGCCCUCCACAUCCGUGUCUGCGGAAUGGCCAUCAUCGCAGCAACAAUCCACAUCCGUCGAUGGUCUUUCGGUGGUACCUUCGUAUUCUUCCGUUGUCGGGCGAGAACGUACCGUAAUGGAAAUCGUUUCCGUUCCCAGUGCUUCUGAACAGCACCUCGUCGACUCAUCGUUGCUGCAACCGUCUCAACCCGAGUACAAUUAUCUGCCGUCCGGAAAUCAACAGUCGGAAUCGGAACUGCAACAACCCGACCCGGAACCGCAGCAAUCCAAACCGUCCGACGCCUCAGAACUGAUGCAGAUUCCACAGCAGCAACCGCAACAGACGAACGUCCCCUCGGACCUGCAACAGUACUCGUAUUACUACGGUAAUAACAAUAACGUCGUUACCAACCUCAACAACGACGACGAUCAACAACAGCAACACUCGAAUCACUACUACCAUCAGCAGAACCUUGGCCAGCAACAACAACGACAAUUGAACAUCAACAACAACAAUAACAACGCGGCGGCCGCGUACAUACCGUUGCCUUUGCAGUACGGUGGCGGUCAGUUCCACUACUAUAACAACUUCGGUGCCGUUGGCAAGUAUCCACAACAACAACAACAACAACAACAACAGUUGCAGCAAAAUCACCACUACCGCGCCAGAGACGGCGGCAGACCGCUGACACGGCGCAACAGUAGGUCGCAACAACAACCGGCGUACGACAACAAUGGCAACUUCCAUCACUACGCGCCGCUGCAGCUGCACCCGCAACCGCAGAAACCGUCACCGGACCACGGCGGUGAAAGCGGCAACGUGAUCGGCAUCAAAUACGACCAGGAUCAGACGGCUGGCGGCGCCGCGGGCAAGCACCAGCCGGUGCCGCCGUUCAGACCCAGCCAUCCGGUGUGGGCGUCCCAGUACCCGGUGCCGUGGACGUACUACGUCAAGUCGUCCAUGGUGCAGCCGGGACGGCUAGCGAUGCCGUAUCCGCAGCACAACCAUUUCCACGGUCGGAAGUCGCGGUACGUGCUGCAGCAACCGGGCGGCGCGGCGUCCAACCGGAUCGGUUAUUCGGCCGCGAAACCGCCGCGCACCAAAGUCGUUUACAUCGAGUACGGCGGCUUCAAACCGAAAAUGGUGCCGUCCGUGCAGAUCACCGCGACCGAAGAAUUCAACCACAACAACAAAAACAAUCGCCGCCAGUCGGCCGCGAACGACGGUGACGACGAGACCGCGCGGCCCAACGACGGCGGUGGUGAUUCCACGGCGCAGGAAAAUACGGAUCAUCGUGAGCGCACAUCCUCCGCUGCGACGGUGCCCGUAAACGGGACCGCGGCCACGGCGACGACCGCCGCGGCCGCCACGACGGCGAGCAUGACGACCACCACGAGUUCGUCUUCCGCGUCACCUUCGUCACAGCCACCGCUGUAUCAACAGCAGCAGCCAACGGAACCGGAACAACUACAUCCGCCAGCGGCCGCCGGCGUCGUCGUGGUAGUCGUUUGAUCCCGCGGACAGGUGACGUCGAGAAACCCGUUACACUUACACGAGGUUUCGUAUGUUUCAACGGACCAGAUUCCGCGCGUGCGUUUAAUUUAUAAUUUAAUUUAUAUUAUUCGAUUAGUGUUUUUACUAAUGGGCUAUUUAUCGUAAAAUAUUAUUGUAUUACAUAUGUGUAAUUUUUUUUUUUUAUAAUUUUUUUUUUUUAUUCGAAUAUAUCGUAUCGCCCAUUUUGAUUGCGGUAUCACCAAUAACAAUAAUUUCGGACAAUUAUAUAUACGUAUAUAUAUAAAUACCAUUUUUGUUUCUUUAUAA